AUGCCGUGGCUCGAGAUGUGGCUGCCUCCCGCGGCCGGCGAGGGGGCGGUGGCGGCGGGGCUGUUCCUCGACGGCGCCGACGCGGCGGCGCACGGCGCGCUCCUCGCGGCCAUGCCCGGAUGCUCCCUGUCGUUCGGGCCCCGGCACCGGCGCCGCCGGGGCGCGCAGCCCCCGGGGUUCCUGUCGCUGACGAUGUCGGUGAAGGGGGGCAGGGGGUUCGUGCCGGCCCCGGUGGGGUUGCUCGCCAGCACGGAGGAGAAGGCCGGCGCGGAGGAGUCGGACGCGCUCGUCGCGGGGAAGAGGGCGGUGGAAGUUGCUGCGGAGGCGGAGGGAGUGAUUCUGCUGCAGGAGAAGGAAAAGGAGAAGGACGAUCGUGCUGGAGCUGGCGCGAUGAACAUGACCAAGCAUCUCUGGGCUGGAGCCGUUGCUGCCAUGGUCUCGAGAACAGUUGUUGCUCCUCUUGAGAGGCUAAAGUUGGAGUAUAUAGUUCGUGGUGAGCAGAGGAAUCUAUUUGAGCUUAUGCAUGCUAUUGCAACAACACAAGGGUUGAAAGGCUUUUGGAAAGGGAACUUUGUCAACAUCCUCCGCACUGCUCCAUUCAAGGCAGUCAACUUCUAUGCAUAUGACAGUUACAGAAAGCAACUUCUCAAAUGGUCUGGUAACGAAGAGACUACGAACUUUGAGAGAUUUAUUGCUGGUGCUUUCGCUGGUGUUACAGCAACGAUUAUGUGCAUACCUAUGGAUACAAUCAGGACAAGGAUGGUAGCUCCUGGCGGUGAAACUUUAGGUGGGGUCAUUGGUGUUGCCCGCCACAUGAUCCAAACUGAAGGAUUCUUCUCGCUGUAUAAGGGAUUAGUGCCUUCUCUUAUCAGCAUGGCACCCUCUGGCGCUGUAUUCUAUGGGAUGUAUGACAUACUGAAGAUGGCAUAUCUGCAUUCUCCUGAAGGAAAGAAAAGGAUAUCAAUGAUGAAGCAACAAAAACAAGAGGCAAAUGCAUUGGAUCAACUUGAAUUGGGUACUGUGAGGACCUUACUCUAUGGGGCCAUUGCUGGUUGCUGUGCUGAAGCAGCUACAUACCCGUUUGAAGUGGUCCGUAGGCAGCUACAGAUGCAAGUAAAAGCAAACAGAUUGAAUGCAUUUGCAACAUGCCUUAAGAUUGUUGAUCAAGGUGGGGUACCAGCACUGUAUGCCGGUCUGAUCCCCAGCUUGUUACAGGUUCUACCAUCGGCAUCGAUCAGCUAUUUUGUUUAUGAGUUAACGAAGAUAGUCCUGAAAGUGGAGUGA